GAGUGAGAAGCGCUGAGAGUCGCACUUCCACACACUGAUCAGUACUAACCUCAUACAUACACACACACACACACCCACACGCAGGGCUGGACUCACACUCAGCCGGACCGUACCUCUGCCGUCCUCGGAUCCACAGCCGCCGGAACAUUUAUGAGUUUCAAGUGGUUUUAAUGUUCGCCGAAGCGAGCGGAACCUGCCAUCAUGGGAUUGCCGUUACCAGCCAAUGUGCUGAAGUGAGCUGGAGUUUCCCUCCGGUUUAACCCCCACCCCUCCCCCAGGGGCUACUCCCCCUCCAUCCCACCGGAGGACCAGCAAUCAUGGCAGGAAUCAAGCGCGGGUACGAUGGAAAGAUCGCUGGUCUAUAUGACAUGAACAAGACGCUCGGCCGUGGCCAUUUCGCCGUGGUCAAACUAGCGCGUCACGUCUUCACCGGCGAAAAAGUGGCAGUCAAGGUAAUUGACAAGACCAAGCUCGACACGGUCGCGACCGGUCACCUGUUCCAGGAGGUCCGCUGUAUGAAACUGGUCCAGCAUCCCAACAUCGUUCGGCUCUACGAGGUCAUCGACACGCAGACAAAGCUCUAUCUGAUCUUGGAGCUUGGCGAUGGUGGUGACAUGUUUGAUUACAUCAUGAAGCACGAGGAGGGACUGACCGAGGAGCUGGCCAAGAAAUAUUUCGCCCAGAUCGUGCACGCCAUCUCGUACUGUCACCGGUUGCAUGUGGUUCAUCGUGACCUGAAGCCAGAGAAUGUGGUGUUCUUUGAGAAACAGGGCCUGGUCAAGCUCACCGACUUUGGCUUCAGUAAUAAGUUUCAGCCGGGAAAGAAGCUGACCACCAGCUGUGGCUCGCUGGCUUAUUCUGCCCCUGAGAUCCUGCUGGGAGAUGAGUAUGAUGCACCUGCUGUGGAUAUCUGGAGUCUAGGGGUCAUCCUCUUCAUGCUGGUGUGUGGUCAGCCCCCUUUCCAGGAGGCCAACGACAGCGAGACCCUCACUAUGAUAAUGGACUGCAAAUACACUGUACCUGCCCAUGUCUCCAACGCCUGCAAAGACCUGAUAAACCGAAUGCUACAAAGGGAUCCGAAGAGGCGAGCAUCGCUGGAGGAGAUCGAGAGCCACGCGUGGCUUCAAGGUGUGGACCCAUCUCCAGCCACCAAAUUCAACACCCCACUGGUGUCUCACAAGAAUCUGUCAGAAGAGGAACACAACAGCAUCAUCCAACGCAUGGUGCUGGGAGACAUAGCCGACAGAGAAGCCAUCAUCGAAGCCCUGGAGACAAACAAGUACAACCACAUCACUGCUACUUACUUCUUGUUGGCUGAACGGAUCCUGAGGGUUAAGCAGGAGAAGGAGGUGCAACCUCGUUCUUCCAGCCCCAGUAACAUCAAGGCCCACUUCAGGCAGUCAUGGCCGACCAAAAUCGGCAUGCAUCAGGACAUCGAGGACAGCUUAGCCUCUUCGUCCAUCUCUCAUGCUGGAGGUCCACAGUCUCCUGCUCGCAGUACAGAGAAUCUGCUAAACGGUCAUCGCAAUAAAGGGCUUCUGGAAAUGAGUCGUAGAGAGGAGAUCAGCGAAGCCUCCAGCAGCUCUGCUGCACCUGCAGCUCUGCCCCCAAACCCCCUUAAGCCUGGCGUCAUUGGCCCUCUUGCAUCCACUUCAGCCAAGCAACGAACCUGCCUGUUUCGGGUGGAAGAAGAUGAGGAAGAGGAAGAAGAACAGGAGCCUUCACCCUUGCCCUCCCAGGUGGUGUUGCGCCGCAAGACAUUGUCCAUCACCAACCGGCUUACAUCUCGAAAAAGCGCCCCAGUGCUCAAUCAGAUCUUCGAGGAGGAAGGUGAAUCAGAUGAUGACUUUGACAUGGAUGAGAGUCUUCCACCCAAGCUCAGCCGGUUGAAGAUGAACAUGGCAUCUCCUGGUACGGCUCAGAAACGCUACCACCGGCGCAAAAGUCAGGGCCGCGGUUCAAGCUGCUCUAGCUCCGAGACCAGCGAUGAUGAUUCGGAGAGCCAUCGCAGAAGACUAGACAAAGACACAGGGUUCACCUACAGCUGGAACCGCAGGGACAGUAGUGAGGGUCCACCUGGAGACUCUGGGGGCAAUGGGGGUGGAAGUAGCGGAGGGCAGAGUAAACCACCUGGGGAAGGUAACUCAGGACCAGACAAGGGCAGCCCUCCAGGAGGAGGGAAUGGUGGUAGUACAGGAGGGGGCAGUGGAGGUGGUGGGAGUUCAAAAGGACAGGGAGGCCCUUCCAGCUGUUCCCGUAACAAUGCUUCAUCUGGCUCGACACGUAGUGCAGCUCGGAGUGCGGGGGAACUGGUAGAGAGUCUGAAACUCAUGAGUCUAUGCUUGAGUUCUCAGUUUCAGCAUCGCAGCUCUGGAGGAGGUGGUGGUGGACGAUUUAUCCUUGAUCCACAGAGCCUGUCCAGCGUUAAAGUUCAGGAGAAAUCCUCCUGGAAGAUGUGCAUUGGCUCCAACAACAGUCUAGACAAAGUGAUCAACCCCGCCUUGAAUGGUAGUGUUGGGGCAAUUGAGCAUUAUCAAGACCAAACGGCGGUCAUGUUAAAUGAACUUGGCCUGGUCAAGGAGAACAACCUGAACUUGAAAAAUAAUGUUCUCCAGCUACCUCUGUGUGAAAAGACCAUCUCCGUGAACAUCCAGCGAAGCCCCAGGGAUGGGCUACUCUGUGCCUCAGCCCAGGCCAGCUGCUGUCAGGUCAUAUGAUGGCAUGGCACACGGCUGGUUCUCAGAGUGGAUUGUUCCUAUUGCCACAUUUGUAGCAUACGAUGACUUGAGUUCUCCACCAGUAACUGUAAAUGACCUCUCUUGAUCCCAACUUGACCUUUAAACCUGCCUUCAAUGUCGUCUUAAUCAUUCUCACAACUUAUUAAGUUCUUCUCUUGGACCCAUUGGUUUUUAAUGAAGUGCACGCUGCUAUCCUUUUCUUUUUUGUGUCUUUAUUUGUUUUGCCCAAUUAGACUUUAAUAUUUGUUUUCCAAGUCCUGUUCAUUUUGUUUUUUAGCCCUUGAAAUGAAAUGCUCUUAAUAUGAAUUCCAUGGUUCCAACACAACCCAAUCAGUCAAGAGUUGUGGAAACUGUAUGUAUAAAUAAAUGACCUUUAAUAAAGAGAGAUUUAAAUUAAGACCCAACAGUAUGGUAGAACAGAACAUGGCAAUUCAUAAAACAAGCACUUAAAGAAACUCAACCUAUAAAAACCACAACUGGUUUUGUAAAUUUAAGCCCCGAUAUGAUUGUAAUGAGAUGGUAAUACAGUAAAAGCAAUAGUGGGAGUAAAGAACAAACCCUGUUUUUUUUUUCUUAAUUCAUAGUGCUGUCUGAGUCUUAAACUGAAAGACCAUUUUGCAU